UCAUGUGAUACUUUAUUUUCCUGUUUGACAAGAUGGCGGGAACAAGGAAGAGACUGCACAGAGUGGUCAUAGUUUUUUCAUUUAUUUUAUGCGUAACAAUAAGCUAUGUCAACUGUGUUGGAUGCAUUUCGCAAUCAAAUGAGCCAAUCGACUGGUUUAUUGCAUACAAGCUGCCUGGACAUCAGAAAGAAGUCCCAUUAAAUUCAUUUUUCUAUAUGGAUGCUAAAUCUCCUGAAUGGACCCUCUCAUCAAAAGUAAUGUCAGACAGAGGCCAGGCUAUCUACAACACAUUAGACCAGAUUUACCAAACAUCUUUCAAGAAUGUGAGCAAAGUAAAUUCAGAGUUGCUGUACUUGAUGUAUAAUGAUGAAGUACCAGCAUCAGCACCGUAUCACAGGAGUGAUGAAAAUGGACAUACCAAAGGUGUGAUAGCUUUUGACAGACAGAGUGGGUUUUGGUUGGUUCACAGUACACCUAAGUUCCCACCAGCAAGGUCAAGAGGUUAUGAUUGGCCAAGUUCUGCAGACAUCUAUGGACAAAGUUUUCUUUGUAUUUCUAUGGACACUUCAAAAAAUAUUGAUGAAAUAGGUAUCCAGCUACAGUACAAUUAUCCAGACAUCUAUGAUUAUUAUGUCCCAGAAUACUUAGGUUCCAAGUACACAAGUAUGACUGAUGCCAUUGCAGGAAAGCAUGUGACUAAAGAACCUUGGUACAGAGAGACUGAACUAACAUCACUUGAUGGUGUAACAUUUAAUUCGUUUGCUAAAUACUCCAAAUUUGAUAAUGAUUUGUACAGUGAUCUUCUUGCUACAAGGUUUAGCAGCUCGUUACUUGUAGAAACCUGGCAGAAUGGAGUGAAGAAGAUGUGCUCAAACUGUACUGGAAAAUAUAAGGUUUUCAAUGUAGAAACAUUGCUGUUUCAAAAGCAAGAUGUUCAAUUUAAAGAAACCCAAGAUCAUUCAAAAUGGGCUGUUACCAACUCCACAGACAGUAUAUGGACUUGUAUAGGAGAUAUUAACAGACAGGUAUCUCAAAUGAUGAGACCCGGUGGAACUGUGUGUUUCCAGAAUAAGUCAGUAUGGAAGAGUUUCCACGGUCUCAUUAACUCCUACCAUAACUGCGGUCCCUACAGGGAAUGUAUCCCACCUUAACUAGUGCUACAGUGCCAAAUAUAUAAAAUAUAUAGAGGAUAUUGAAUGCGUGUUGGUUUAAUACUAAAUUUAUUAGUUUAAACAUAUUUUAUUGCAUCAAAUACAUGUCAAAUAUCAUACAAAUGAUGACUAUAUAAAAAAAAAGCAAAUGGGUUGGGCAACAAGUUCUAGCAACAUUAGAACUUGUUACCCAACCCAUUUAUUUUUUUGUUAUAUACUCAUCAUUUGUAUAAUAAUUUAUUGGACAAGUUGAUUGAAAUCAUAUUAUAAGAGCCCCUGGAGAGCAUGAUUUUGUUUCAUUCAACAAGUUCAGUAAAUUUAGUAAUGAAUCUACAUGAACACAAUAUUCUUUUUAUCUCAUAGCUAAAAAAAAAUCUUUAACAUCAAAAAAAGAGUUAUUGUUUUGUUUUUGCGCAUAUAGUGUAAUUCUUACAUUAGAAUGCUUUUACAUUUUGUAUAAUGCAAAUGACAUCACCUGCAAUUGUCACUGCACAAGUGUAAUAUUGUUUUUCUGACAUUGCUUUAUUACACUCCUGCAACAUGGGUUAUGUUAUAAAUGCUUUUAUUAUAAUUCAUUGUAUAUGACUAUAUGUGCUUUACAUUUUCAUAGAUCUGAUUAUUUACUAAAAAAACUUUUGAAGCAUUUGAAAUAUUAUGUCAAGCCACUGAUAAAUCUGCUAUGAACAUUUGCAUUUACAAACUAAUUAAUAUAAUAAUAAUACUUUUAUAACUUAUUAAAAUGAAUAUUUUGGAUAUUACAAGAUUAACAUUAAGGUGCUGCUUACUUAAUUUUUGUCCAAGUAUUAUAUUAUAUUUUAAGUUUAACACCACUUGUGUGUAUGAUGUCACAGCUUCCUCUCCAUUUAAAUAUAGCUCUGUGAUAAUUGGACCAUUUCCAAAAUGUUUUGUUGAAUAUUAGAAUUUUUAAAAAAAGUUUAUACCCACAAAUGUAUUUGCAAAAUGAUAAUAGAAAUUAGAUGGUAGGCUAUGAUUGGAUUAUACAUGUAUUUUUAAAAAAAGACCAUAUGUAACGAUACAUUUUGUAUAGUGGUGUUCAACCUAUUACUGCCCCACUCAGGCAGUGUAGCCAUAUUUGUUAAUGAUUUUCUUUUAUAUUUAUUAGUGUAGUUGGUAAUAGGGUACAAAAAACCUUUUAUAUGAAUUUGAAAAAUUCUACUUAAAUUUCUGUAUUGUUUUCUACAAUGCUUUUUGUGUACUGAGUGAUGUUACAUGCAUUUAUCAUGUACAGUGCACUUGUUUAUGAUAAUUUACAAUGGACAGAGUUUAUUUUACAAUUUUUUUUUAUCAAUUAAGAUAAAAAAUAUCAAAGUUGUGUAUUCUGUCAUACACUGCAAUUCUUAAUUUUUAUUGCAUUUGAAGAAAUAUAUAAACAUACUUCUUUUUGAAAAAAUGAAACAAAACAAACAACAAAAAUAACCCUCAAUAUAUGGCAGUGAGUGAUAUACAAUGAAUGAUAUACAGUGAGUGAUAUACAGUACAAUGAGUGAUAUGCAGUGAGUGAUAUACAAUGAAUGAUAUACAGUGAGUGAUAUACAUGUACAAUGAGUGAUAUGCAGUGAGUGAUAUACAAUGAAUGAUAUACAGUGAUUGAUAUACAUAUACAAUGAAUGAUAUACAGUGUGUUUUAUACAAUGAAUGAUAUGCAGUGAGUGAUAUACAUGUACAAUGAAUGAUAUGCAGUGAGUGAUAUACAGUGAAUGAUAUACUUGUACAAUGAGUGAUAUACAGUGAAUGAUAUACAUGUGCAAUGAGUGAUAUACAGUGAGUGAUAUACAUGUGCAAUGAGUGAUAUACAGUGAAUGAUAUACUUGUGCAAUGAGUGAAAGAUAUACAUGUGCAAUGAGUGUUAUACAUUGAGUGAUAUACAUGUGCAAUGAGUGAUAUACAGUGAGUGAUAUACAUGUACAAUGUGUGAUAUGCAGUGAGUGAUAUACAAUGAAUGAUAUACAGUGAGUGAUAUACAUGUACAAUGAGUGAUAUGCAGUGAGUGAUAUACAAUGAAUGAUAUACAGUGUGUUUUAUACAAUGAAUGAUAUGCAGUGAGUGAUAUACAUGUACAAUGAAUGAUAUGCAGUGAGUGAUAUACAGUGAAUGAUAUACUUGUACAAUGAGUGAUAUACAGUGAAUGAUAUACAUGUGUAAUGAGUGAUAUACAGUGAGUGAUAUACAUGUGCAAUGAGUGAUAUACAGUGAAUGAUAUACUUGUGCAAUGAGUGAAAGAUAUACAUGUGCAAUGAGUGUUAUACAUUGAGUGAUAUACAUGUGCAAUGAGUGAUAUACAGUGAAUGAUAUACAUGUGCAAUGAGUGAUAUACAGUGAGUGAUAUAUUUGUACAAUGAGUAAAAAAUUAGUACUAUGGAACAUUUUUGUGGGUUUUAAUUUAUUUCAACUUUGAAACAAACAAUGCAGGUUUCUGACAACUAUUCUGUUCUAACAAUCAUUUUUUGCAUAGACAUGAUUUUUUUAUAUAUUUUUGCAGAAUGUAUGUUUAAUUACUGAUUCUGUAGAUUUAUAUGUGUGAUUGAAUAUUUUGUUACAGGUAUAUUUAGUAUGCUUUUACAUUUGUUAUUAAAUAAUUAUGCAUAAUGUUAUACAUUCAUUGUCUAAUUAUACGCUAAUACAUCAAGUGUGAAUGAGCUGUUUUUGAAAUAUUAUUCCUUUUGCUUUAAUGCAUCUUACCUAUCUAUAGCCUUAACAUGUAUCUGAACAAAUGUAGCAAGUAUGUUAAGAAAUUUACCUUUACUCCAGGUGUAUUUAUUUGAUAUGUUAAUUGUUAACAAAAAAGAUCUGUUUUAAGUGCCAUUAUCAUUGUUAAGUUUUUUUUUACAUAUUUACUCAGGUAUGUUUUGUUCAACAAUUUUGCCUUGAUGAAAUUUUUUUAGAAUUGUUUAUUAUUUGUUAUUAAUAUACUAAAAUCAAGCACUUAAUGGUUUCAGUUAAAGGGUAUUGGAUAAAAUUGGAAGCUUACUCAAAUUGACAUUGCCAAAACUGUUCAGGCCAGUGUUAAAAAAAAGAGGGUGUUGGCGUCACAGACCUGAUGAUGUAAAAUAUCACAAUUGUUUUUGUAUAGUAUAAUUUUGUAGCUGAUUAAAAUCAUCUUAAUCAUGUGCCAUAAAAGCUUUUACCACCUUUUUUGAUAGGUGCCAUUUUUUAUUCUUUUUGUACAAGAUUUGAUCAAUCAUUGAAAUCACAAUUACUUACAAUACAUGUAUAUGGUGCUACUAGUAAGUAUACAAUGUUUUGCAUAUAUACUCCUUGUUUUUCUUUAUAUGUACUCAUAAACUGUCAUGGCAUUUAAGUUAACUUUGAUAAUUAUUUGUUUUUUAAAGUACCAUUUCUUUUAAAUAUUCUUUUUCAUUUCAAUAUAUUAGUUUUAGUUGGUCAACAGUAAAGGAAUCUGGUAACACUGUACAUGUUGAUAUAUAAGCAGUUAAAAUAUUACUUAGCUAACCGUCAUGCUGUUGAAACAGAAAGUGAUAAGCCUUUGUAGAGUCAGGCCAGCCAGCAUUGCAUUAGUGGGGUAUGACCAGACUCUUUACUGUUGGCAAACUUGCUUUAAAAUUUCAUCUUGAUAUGCCCAACAAUAAAAAUCGACAUUUCCAGAUAUUGAAGCUGGACAAGUCCAUUUGAGCCACGUCACCACAAAACCAACAUAAUGCAUUUGCGACCAGCAUGGAUCCAGACCAGCCUGCGCAUUCGCGCAGUCUGAUCAGGAUCCAUGCUGUUCGCUAUCAGUUUCUCUACUUGUAAUAGGGUUUGUAAGCCAACAGCAUGGAUCCUGAUCAGACUGCGCAGAUCCAUGCUGGUCGCAAACCCAUUAUGUUGGUUUUGUCGUGAGUUGGCUCAUUUAAGAAAUUGAGCCAAUGUAUUGUUAUUAAAUAGGAUACAGAAUAUGCGAUGACUCAUUAUAGAUACAUAAGUCUGUUUUUCAAUUUUUUUCCCUGUUUUUUACAGUACAUUAAUAUUACACUAUAAUACCAAUAAUAUGAUAGUUUUUAAUACUCGUUUAUUUACUCACUUUGUGUAUAAAAGUGAUUAUAAAGGUACAUUAAGAAAAACGUUUAGUAAUAAGCAUGAUUGUGAAUAUUGGUAGAUUACAGGUGUCAAAAAGAGUAAGGUUUCAACGUUUUUCAAACUAAGGGAGAAGACCCAUUUUUGAUACUAUUUUUAUUUCAACAGAGUAAUUUCCCUUAUGAAAUGAGAGAAAAAUCGAGUAAAACAUAUAAUAAGCUCUACAUUGACUUUUUGUGCUUAAUGCCUUAAUAUCCUCUUAUAUAUAUACAUAAAUUUUCUGUAAUAAUUAAAAUUGCUUUUGCUAGAAAUACUUAUUUACACAAAUUAUA